CCCCCAUCCGCUGCUUUGAUCAAACUGGCUGAAUAACAAUGAGAUUAGCAUUGUAUGGUGGAGUCUCAACUCUGCUGGCCACUGCUGUCAUUGUGGAAGCAUUUCGGCAGCGUUCAAAUUUCUAUACUGCCUGCAUUUACCUGGCGAAAUCAAGUGCAUGCAUGCUGAUCAUACUCAAUGCUGGUAUUUUCAUAUCAAUCAUGCUGGGACGACUCCUGCAAGCCGUCUUCUUUGGCCAGCUACGACCAAUUGAAGUCGAACACCUUUACGAAAAGUCAUGGUACGCUGUGACAGAAACCUGUCUAGCCAUGACUAUAUUUCGAGACGAAUUUGAUAUACAGUUUGUCAUUGUAUUCACAACCUUGCUCUUCCUUAAGAUUUUUCAUUGGCUAUGUCAAGAUCGAGUUGAAUAUAUGGAGCAGACACCCGCUGUACCUGCUAAUUUCCAUGCUCGCAUGAUCUCUCUCAUGUCGGCAUUGUUAGUAAUCGACUGUCGAUUAGCCAGUCGUGCCAUCUCUACCAUUAUGGUGAAAGGUCCCAAUAUGAUGAUUAUGUUUGGUUUUGAAUAUGCCAUCCUCACCUCAACCAUUGUAUCGACCAUUGGAAAAUAUACUCUGAAUGUUAUCGAAAGCCGUAUGGACGAACCAUGGGAGAGCAAAUCGAUAUUUGUCUUCUAUCUUGACCUGGUUACAGAUUUUUUCAAGUUGAUCACUUACAUGGUGUUCUUUGCCAUCAUUUGCAACUUUUAUGGACUUCCACUCCAUAUCAUUCGCGAUGUAUAUGUUACCUUCCGGUCGUUCAUUCAGAAAUGUCGAGAUUUGUAUCGAUAUCGACGUGCUACCCGAAAUAUGAACGAACUUUACCCUGAUGCAACCGAAGAGGAUCUUCAGCGCACCAGCGACAGUACCUGCAUCAUUUGCAGAGAAGAUAUGCAUAUUCGGGCUACUGAAGGCGACCCGCAGGCGGGAGGUCAGAGCGAGCCAGAGCCAGUGAGAGGCCGAAACUCUGACAUCCCCAAAAAACUCCCAUGUGGUCACAUAUUCCAUUUCGGUUGCUUGCGUAGUUGGUUGGAGAGACAGCAGAGUUGUCCCACUUGUCGAAGAUCUGUAUUGCCAGAAGGUUUGUAUUACAACCAUAUUUUUCGCUCAUAGCAGAAAGAUGUGUCUAACGAUGUUUGUCUAGCCACUCCUUCUACUUCUCCGGCUGCAGCAGCUCAAGCAGCCAUGGGACGACAAG